UUUCUUCCUUAAUUUUGCAGGAACUGACAAUGGCGAAGCCCUCCCUGAAUCCAUCCCAUCAGCUCCUGGGACACUGCCUCAUUUCAUAGAGGAGCCAGACGAUGCUUAUAUCAUCAAGAGCAACCCCAUUGCACUGAGGUGCAAAGCAAGGCCAGCCAUGCAGAUAUUCUUCAAAUGCAAUGGCGAGUGGGUCCAUCAAAAUGAGCAUGUCUCUGAGGAGAGUCUGGAUGAGAGUUCAGGCUUGAAGGUCCGGGAGGUGUUUAUCAACGUCACCAGGCAGCAGGUGGAGGACUUCCACGGGCCAGAAGACUACUGGUGCCAGUGUGUGGCAUGGAGCCACCUGGGGACCUCCAAGAGCAGGAAGGCCUCUGUGCGCAUAGCCUAUUUACGGAAGAAUUUCGAACAAGACCCGCAGGGAAGGGAGGUUCCCAUCGAAGGCAUGAUCGUGCUGCACUGCCGCCCACCCGAGGGAGUCCCUGCUGCCGAGGUGGAAUGGCUAAAAAAUGAGGAGCCCAUUGACUCUGAACAAGAUGAGAACAUCGACACCAGGGCUGACCAUAACCUGAUCAUCAGGCAGGCGCGGCUCUCAGACUCCGGGAAUUAUACCUGCAUGGCAGCCAACAUCGUGGCCAAGAGGAGGAGCCUGUCAGCCACAGUGAUAGUUUAUGUGAAUGGAGGCUGGUCUUCCUGGACAGAGUGGUCAGCCUGCAAUGUUCGCUGUGGUAGAGGAUGGCAGAAACGUUCCCGGACCUGUACCAACCCAGCUCCUCUCAAUGGUGGGGCCUUUUGUGAGGGAAUGUCAGUGCAGAAAAUUACCUGCACUUCUCUUUGUCCUGUGGAUGGGAGCUGGGAAGUGUGGAGUGAAUGGUCAGUCUGCAGCCCGGAGUGUGAGCAUCUGCGGAUCAGGGAGUGCACAGCACCCCCCCCAAGAAACGGGGGCAAAUUCUGUGAAGGGCUAAGCCAGGAAUCCGAAAACUGCACAGAUGGUCUCUGCAUUCUAGAUAAAAAACCUCUUCAUGAAAUAAAACCCCAAAGCAUCGAGAAUGCCAGCGACAUUGCUUUGUACUCGGGCUUGGGCGCUGCAGUCGUGGCCGUGGCAGUCCUUGUCAUUGGCGUCACCCUUUAUAGACGGAGCCAAAGUGACUAUGGCGUGGAUGUCAUCGACUCUUCUGCAUUGACAGGUGGCUUCCAGACCUUCAACUUCAAAACAGUCCGUCAAGGUAACUCCCUGCUCCUGAAUUCCUCCAUGCAGCCAGACCUGACAGUGAGUCGAACAUACAGCGGUCCCAUCUGUCUGCAGGACCCUCUAGACAAGGAACUCAUGACAGAGUCUUCACUCUUUAAUCCUUUGUCAGACAUCAAAGUCAAAGUCCAGAGCUCAUUCAUGGUUUCGCUGGGGGUGUCUGAGAGAGCUGAGUACCAUGGCAAGAACCAUUCUGGGACAUUUCCCCAUGGAAACAACCGCAGCUUCAGUACAAUGCAUCCCAGAAAUAAAACACCCUACCUCCAAAAUCUCUCAUCACUCCCCACAAGGACAGAACUGAGGACAACUGGUGUCUUUGGCCAUUUAGGAGGACGCUUAGUAAUGCCAAAUACAGGAGUGAGUUUACUCAUACCACAUGGAGCCAUCCCAGAGGAGAAUUCUUGGGAGAUUUAUAUGUCCAUCAACCAAGGUGAACCCAGCCUCCAGUCCGAUGGAUCUGAGGUGCUCCUGAGUCCUGAAGUCACCUGUGGUCCCCCAGACAUGAUCGUCACCACUCCCUUUGCAUUGACCAUACCACACUGUGCAGACGUCAGCUCUGAGCACUGGAAUAUCCAUUUAAAGAAGAGGACCCAGCAGGGCACGUGGGAGGAAGUGAUGUCAGUGGAGGAUGAGUCCACAUCCUGUUACUGCCUCUUGGACCCCUUUGCAUGUCAUGUGCUCCUAGACAGCUUUGGGACCUAUGCCCUCACCGGAGAACCAAUCACAGACUGUGCCGUGAAGCAGCUCAAGGUGGCAGUUUUCGGCUGCAUGUCCUGUAACUCCCUGGAUUACAACCUGAGAGUCUACUGUGUGGACAAUACCCCUUGGGCAUUUCAGGAAGUGGUUUCGGAUGAAAGGCAUCAAGGUGGACAGCUACUGGAAGAACCAAAGUUGCUGCAUUUCAAAGGGAAUACCUUUAGUCUUCAGAUCUCUGUCCUCGACAUCCCCCCAUUUCUCUGGAGAAUUAAACCAUUCACUGCAUGCCAGGAAGUCCCGUUCUCCCGCGUGUGGUGCAGCAACCGGCAGCCCCUGCACUGUGCCUUCUCCCUGGAGCGCUACACGCCCACCACCACCCAGCUGUCCUGCAAAAUCUGCAUCCGGCAGCUCAAAGGCCAUGAACAGAUCCUCCAAGUGCAGACAUCAAUCCUAGAGAGUGAAAGAGAAACCAUCACUUUCUUUGCACAGGAGGACAGCACUUUUCCUGCACAGACUGGCCCCAGAGCCUUCAAAAUCCCCUACUCCAUCAGACAGCGGAUCUGUGCUACAUUUGACACCCCCAAUGCCAAAGGCAAGGACUGGCAGAUGUUAGCACAGAAAAACAGCAUCAACAGGAACUUAUCUUACUUUGCUACACAAAGUAGCCCAUCUGCUGUCAUUUUGAACCUGUGGGAAGCGCGUCAUCAGCACGAUGGUGACCUUGACUCCCUGGCCUGUGCCCUUGAAGAGAUUGGGAGGACACACACGAAACUCUCAAACAUUACGGAAUCCCAGCUUGAUGAAGCCGACUUCAGCUACAGCAGGCAGAACGGACUCUAGUCCACUUCCUCUCGAGAGACAGAGGGAUGGCCAGCUUCGGGACACUUGCUUUAAAUGGGAGGAAGAGGCAGCUUUCUGCCCACUGGCAUUUGGGGAAUUCAGCCUUCACUUAUAACCAGUGAGAAUCCCUGGUUGAAGAAACUGAAUUUAAUCUAGGUAAACUCUGUUAAUAGGGAAAAUUAUAAGCUCUCUUAAAAAAAGAGGGCUCUCCUGUCUCCUCUGAAUCCACAAGUGGGUUAAUACUCGAUGAACUUCUCAGAUUUAAGGUGGCAAGGAUAAAAGUGAGGAGGUAACUAGGUUGAAGUAACUCGUAAAAGAUGAGUUGCAAUAAAGCUGGGGAGGCAGAGAACGACUAGCGCACGUUUUGAAACAGGUUUUUAGUGAUGUGUCCCAAAGGGCCAGCUGAUUCUGGUACCAGAUUGUCAAGAGAUUUCUACCAACUGGCAUCUGUGAUGUCGGCAAGCAUUGUACAACUGGCUUUUAGAAGUGAAACAGGGUUACCAACCCGUUUGUGUGACUUGAGCAACGUCAAGGAGGGCAUUUAGAAUUUAGAACCUGAGUACAUCACACCAGCACCAACCAAUUCCUUAUCUAUCCUAGCCACUUAAUGGAAACAAGAUCCAGAGGUCAGAUAGACUGGAAACGAGUUCUUGCCGUAUACCCCACCUUCGUUUUCUUCAAGGACACAUCUACCCACACUCCCCUUCCUUGCCCAUGAUAGUAGAGGAGAGGUUUCAAGCAGCAUAGACUUUUCAAUAUGGAAACUUGUUUCUUCUAACUCAACAAAGCGGGACCAUCUCUAUUCCCAGCUAAGCCAGUCAAAUUGCAGAGUGCUAUUAGCACACAGCUUAUUACAUGGAUUUGGAGACAAGAGAGGCCAAAUUAGACCCAAGGACACAUGAACUGCAGAUGCCAUAGGCCUCAAAUAAUUCUAGGAUGUGGGUGGUUAUCCACUUCCCCAACAUUGUUGUUUUAAAGGAAUGAGGGGGGUUUUACUGUACUUAUGAAUCCAGGUUCUUGAAAUUUUCUAUCCUUUUGGUACUAUGUUAUCACCAAAUCUCUCCAUAGGCUACAGGUCCCCCUCCUUUUGCCUCUUGGGAAAUUAGCAGAUAGUCUUUGCUCUAAAUGAUAUCUGAGUAAAUAGACCUCUACUGCAAUGUCCUAGAAAUCAUGUGCAUUGUUCAGGGAGCCUUCAAGCUCUGAUAACUUGACCUCACCAAGUAUGCUUUCUCUAUAGCACCAUUAACAUGCUGCUUUAUGUUUUAAAUAAGAGGCAAUGAUACUGUGGAAAAUUGAAAUCCACAGAUAAUCAUGACCCCCAUCUGCACACUUUACUCCAUCAUUCAUCCUAUUUCAUCAUUUCUGACAAGAUGUCAGGGUAGACUGCAGAUGGAGAGCUCUGCUCCUGCUCAUCUUCUGGUGGAUGUUUUAAUUAGCUGUCCACAAUCAGGACAACCAAAGUCAAGGACCUAGAUUAACCACAAGGCUGAUCAGCUACUUAGAGGCUGGCUACAUAAGAAUAAAAUAAAAAUAGUCAGGAAAUGGGGGAGGUGGGGAGUGCCUGGCAUUGGGGAUAUGAUCCAUUUUUUUAAACAAUGUUUUUGUAGAUCCCAUGUUUUAAAAAAAAUGUUGUGAAUCUCUGCCUAAGUGAAAAAGACCUAAAGAUAGGAUGAAUUUAUGAUACCAUGGGUAAGGCAUUGAAGAACCCUUGGAGGUGUUGGCCAUUUUCUCUAACUAAUGUGUGGUAUAGGGUAUGGUCCCCUAUAUUUGAUAGAAGCCUCUGCUACAUAAAAUUCAAAAGCAUCUUGCUUUUCUCAGGAACCAAAGGCAUAUUAUAUAGAACAGACAAAUCCUCUUAGAACUGUCAAGCAUAUUUUCAAAACGCCAUAUCUACAUCACAAAAACAUCCUUUUGCUAGUGUGCUCGACUUGUUUAUUCCUUCUAGGGAACAGAGAGAAAGCAGGAAAGUGUACACCACUUGACAUCCCUGGUAGGUUUCUGAAAGAGAAAGAAGUGGAAAUAGAUGGUCAGCCACCCAAAGUAAACUUGAGGUUCAGUGGCGUGGGUGGUAUGCAGAAGGAAGCCGCAUUAACUGUUGAAUAAUUCAUAGAAAACACAUUAUGAAGAUGAUGUUAGUAUCCCUCUUGGAGGAUUUUUGUUUUAAACCAUCCUACCCUUUUUCCUCUCCCUUCUAAUCCGCCUUCUAAUUGUUUCGUCUAUUCUGUGAAUCCACACAGAUCCUUUUUAGAUUUUCGAUAAAUGUUUUUUAUUUUAAAAAAACAGAUGAAAAGUUUUAAUGUUUCUUAGUUUGUUUUAAGAGGUUAUUAUCAAUCCCUGAAUGUCUGGAAUUUCUCCCUUGGAUUUUUCUUUUUCUUCUAUCUUUUCUUUUUUGGCUCUGGGUCUUAUAAAUACACUUCAUCAUCAUAUCAUAUUGAGUAAAAAAGGAAGCAAUUUAACAUGAUUCUCCUCUGAUUUCAGCCCAAGGGUCAAAUCUGUAUUUAAGCACAUUUCACUCCCUCUUCACAUUUCUCUUACUUAAUUCUGCUAGGAUCCCACAUAGGACUUUCACAGAAGUGCGGGACAUUCUGUGGCCGUGGCACAUCAGGAUUGUUUGAAUCCUAUUUUACAAGAGAAUUCCGAAAAGAACCCAGGCUUGUGAGAUUUACAAACCAAAGUGUGUGUGGGCUGUGGCAGGGGGGCAUAGAAUCGUGGAACAGAUGGACUGAACUGACCAAGUGUGGUUACUCACUGUGACCCAAACCCUUGUGCUACUUUAAUAUUUGCAGGUCAACACAAAUGCCCCUCUUGAAAGAGAUUUAGUUGUCAGAUCAAGCACUUGCUUUAGAAGCCUUCCUAUCCUGAUGCAAAAUGAGCCACGAAAUUAAAAGUGUUCUUUAAUACUUGGUAGGCUACUUAACAUUUCUACAAAAUAGCCCACUUUAUGCCAAGUCUUUCGGCCCUCAGAGGUAUUUAAGUCUAAUAAUCAUGCGUUAAACUUGACUUAAAAUCAUGCCACUUCAUGCGUUAAACUUGACUUAAAAUCAUGCCACUACACUUCCCAGCUGCGCCAGACUGCAGCAACAUAAAGUUAAUUUACAAUUUUUAGAGCAUUGCUUGUGCAGUCUUCGCAGUUUACACUAAAACCCUUUAAGCCAAAAGGAAGCUCACUCUAUGGAUUUAAAUGCAAACUUCACUUACCAAUGCAGAAAGUCUCGUAAAAUUCAGAUGUACUGUCACAAAAACUUUAUUGGCCUUUUUGUAAGACAUGAAUAGGGAUUGACACAGUUCUCUUUUUUAGAGCAGGACUUUUCUCUCUUUUUUAGUCUUUUUAUCUUCAACUGCAAGUGUUAUCUUUUGCCAUGGUCCCCCUUUUUUUUUUUUUCAGUUGACUUUGAGAGGGGACAUUAAGUCAGAUGACUAAAACUGGGUUCUUUUUGGAUUAAAAGUUCUGGAUUUAUUGCAGCUAUUUUCCCUAAGAGAAAUUCUCAGCAUCAGGAUUGAUAAGCAAAGGUAGACCAUUAUAAUGGUACCAUUGGUUUUGGGUGGUAUCCCCCACUUGCCAAACUUCUGGCAAAUGGACCUGUGAAUUUCCAAGUGUCAUAAAAUCUUUUGAUGUGCUUUUGUCUUUCCUUUUCGCCACUUUUCUCUUAAAUUUCUUAGUCCCUCUGUGAAGGUGUUGACUACUAUAGCUAUCAGAUGUGUUGAAGGUGACGUUCUCUCAGAAGUCUUUGUUCCAGAUCUGUGAAGGCCACAGGAACCAUGAAGGAGCUGAGACAUGUGUUUCUCUGGCCCAUUGUGUGGCGAUUUUCAUUCAUUUUCCUCAUGAAACAUUGCAAAGUUCUGAAUCCUUAGUCACUCCCAUUGACUGGACCAGAGGUACCAUUCAUAGCAAAUGGGAUAACAACAUGUUGUCUGACAGAUAGUGACAAAAUUUUAUUAGCCCUUGGGUGUUAGUUGCCAUAGCUCUGUAUUUGAAUAUUGAUGCUUUAGCCAAAAGCUGAAUGACCUUCGUUUCCACAGUUUCCACUAUUUUGUCUGCAUAGAAUUUUCCUGAACUACAAGCAAAAAUGUAUUUUGUCAAAUGUCACAAAGUGAAAAUGUUGCUAAUCUUAGACGUGUUGCAUAUUUUGUGUUUUUACUUUCCAAACUCUUUCAAAAGCUGCAGUUAUAAAGCUGUUUGGCUGUAUCGACAGCAUGUGGUGUUUUUUGCAAAAACAGUUCUAGGAGAGCCAGUGUCUACCAUGGACUCUUCACAUCCCCACUCCAGGGUCAUCCACAAAAAAUCAAAAUGGCAAUUUGUAUGCUGUAUUUUUUCAAAAGACAAAAGGGGAUGGAAAUCAGACCUGGCCAUUAGUCACUAGUGUGUAGUGCUGUGAUCUGAAGUAGGAAAUUUAACUCACAUAGAAUAAUUGUGGUUUUUGAAGCAGCUACUUUGCUUUUUCCUUUUGCUGUGAAGACCAUGGAUUUGGAAUGUCCUCAUGAGGUGGGCCUAAGACAGUAACAUAAACUUCAUGUCCUAGAGCCCACCCUUCAUCUGAACCCAAAGAUAAAGAAAGGCAGUAAGCUCCAUGUUUAGCCCUAAGCUUAAAAUUAUCCCCCUCAGCCCUAAUAUUGAGUUUGGCAGGGGGUAUAUUUUUUUCCUCAAAAAAAGUUAUAGCCUUGAAUUAUAAAAUGUUAUCACUAAAUUUGAUAACGUGAUUCUUUGCAUGAAUGCAAAUGUAUGUUAAAUACUCUUACAAAAGGCAUGAUUGUAAUGAAAAUGUCCUUUUCCCUCAAGCUUUGCUAACCCCAAAAAGUAUUUCACUAUUUCACACAAUAUCUGCAUACAAAUUCCAAAAUUGAACUGAUUAUACAAUUCUCUUGAUAUUUGAUACAGUAGGUAGAGAUUUAACUGUGGUUCUGUUGAAUCAUGAAAAAGAAAGAUGAUAUUGAUAUUUGAGGGAGCUUGUAAGCAGAAUAUCAUGCCUUAGGAGCCCAUACUGAAAUACAGACAUUACAAUCAGAAAUAACUCGAAUAACUAAUAUCUCCCCCCCACUUAGGGAGUUAGGGUGAUGCUGAAGGGAGAUCAGCCCUUACCAGGGGGCUUCAAUCUGAGCCUCAUCUCAAUCUGAACUCUCUCCAAGGCCCAUCCUAGGCUUUGUCAGCCACUCCCAUUCAAAACUUCUCUGUAAGAAGGUGGGAUAAACUCAGUCUGUGGGAACUUUCUGGUCAGGAAAGCAAUUUUCUCCUUUUAUAAAUUAGAAUAAAAACUGACUUAAAGUUUCCCAAUCUUCUUAAUUGAUUCUAAUUGGUACAUGCAAUCCAGUAAGUGUCCACCGAAACCCACUGCAAAUAUAAGCAAUUAGAGGAAAAUCGGCAUAUUUUUUUGACCCAAACUCAAAAAAUAUGAGUAAUUAUUUACCUCCAUUUCUGUAUGGAAGAAUUUCAAAACAGAUUUUAUUUCGUUCUGUUACUUGGGGAAGGUGCAUGGGCGGGAGGUGGGGGGUUCUUUCAAGUGAUUCAUAGCUCAACCCCAUACCACUCUCAACUUUUAUUUGAUGUGUUCAGAGAAACAAAAAGAAACAAACCACAAAACUGAAUACUUAAUUUGACAUGAGGCUGAAGGAAUGAGCAAGCCAGAGGAGAGAGUUUGAAUAAAGCAUGGCCUUGGCUUCAUACCACACUUUUUGUGCCUUGUAUUAUCAAUGUAAAUUCUGAAUGUUGUACAGUAAAUACUUGGAUGGACUUCUUAGAAAAGGCUGCACUGGCUUCUUUUUCAGCACAUGUACAUAUCUAUAAAUAUAUAUACAUAUAUAUUUGGUAAUGCCAAACAGCUGUGUUAUAUUGUAUUGAACAAAAUGGACGGUUUGGAUGUUUUCUGUAGUUUGCAAAAAAAAAAAAACUGGAUGGUUACAGACUUUUCAAGAUAAAUGUACAGACGUAAAUUACUGCUUAUCAGUUAUUUAUGAAUAAAGAGUCUUUUAUUGACAUUU